UACUUUCUUUUCACAAGAACACAAACCUUCUCUGUCACUUUGCCGUUGUAGUUUAUAGAAUGUGCAAGCUGGUCCCAAUCAUUGAUAUUCAUAUUCUUCUAUAGUUUAGGAUUAAGCUUCCAAAGUUGGUUCAUUGAACAUUACCCAUAACACAAAAAUUCUCAUUCAUUUUUAUUCUUAUUCUGAUUCUAUAACAUAAAACCCCUUCUUUCUUAUAUAGUUUAUUUGAUUCAUAGAAGAAAAAAAGUUGUAAUCUUUUGAAACAAUGAACAAACUGAAACUAAACCCAUUUUCACUCUUUCCAAAUAGACCUAAACUUCUUCAUAUUUUCAUGCUUCUUAUGCUUUUUUAUUUGCUCUUCACAACCUUUGAAAUCAAAACUUUUGAGUUUGUUUCAGUUUCUUCUGUGCUUGUGAAUGAAAACCAAAACACCCAUCAUAGAAAAGCUUUGAACUUUCCUUCAGAAGAAGCUUUUGGUGUUUACCAAGGUUCAUUACAUAGAAAACCAAUGCAAGAGUUGCAAAAAGUUUCCACCUUGAGUUUCAAUGAAGGUGAUUUGAAUGAAUCUGGUUUAGAAAAAGACAAAUUUUCUGAGAUUCAAAAGGCUGUUAAGGUUGCUUGGGUUAAAGGGAAGAAAAUGUGGGAAGAAAUUCAGUUUCAGAGUGUUGAAACUGUGAAUGUUGCUGAGAAUAUUUCUGAUUCGUGUCGGCAUUCGAUUUCGGUAUCUGGGUCUGAAUUAAGGAACCAGAAUGGGAUUAUGAUGAUUCCUUGUGGGUUGACUUUGUGGUCUCAUGUUACUAUUGUUGGGACGCCGCGAUUGGCUCAUUGGGAGGAUGAUCCUAAGAUAACUAUUGUGAAAGAUGAGGAUGAAAAGGUGUUAGUGUCACAGUUUAUGAUGGAGCUUCAAGGAUUGAAGGUAGUUGAUAAGGAGGAACCACCUAAGAUACUGCAUUUUAAUCCUAGGUUGAAAGGCGAUUAUAGUGGGAAGCCGGUGAUUGAGCAGAAUACUUGUUAUAGAAUGCAAUGGGGUUCUUCACUUAGGUGUGAGGGAUGGAAGUCUAGGGCUGAUGAAGAUACUGUUGAUGGACAGUUGAAAUGUGAAAAGUGGAUCCGCGAUGAUGAUAGCCAUUCAGAAGAGUCUAAGGCAACAUGGUGGUUACCUAGACUGAUAGGGCGAAAACACAAGAUCACUUUUGAUUGGCCAUACCCUUUUAUAGAGGGCAGAUUAUUUGUUCUCACCUUAACUGCUGGCUUGGAAGGUUACCAUGUUAGUGUGGACGGAAAGCAUGUUACCUCUUUUCCUUAUCGCACGGGAUUCUCUCUUGAGGAUGCUACAGGUCUAUCUAUAAAAGGGGAUAUUGAUGUGCACUCUGUAUAUGCUGCUUCGUUACCAACAUCACAUCCAAGUUUUGCGCCACAGAUGCAUCUCGAAUUGCUUCCUCAAUGGAAAGCUCCACCUAUUCUCGAUGUGAAUGUCGAGCUUUUCAUUGGAAUACUUUCUGCUGGAAACCAUUUUGCCGAACGAAUGGCAGUAAGGAAAUCGUGGAUGCAACAUAAGCUAAUCAAAUCUUCACAUGCUGUAGCUCGAUUCUUUGUUGCUUUGCAUGCAAGGAAAGAUAUAAAUUUGGACAUAAAGAAAGAAGCAGAUUAUUUUGGUGAUAUUAUUAUAGUCCCAUAUAUGGAUCAUUAUGACCUUGUUGUGGUGAAGACUGUAGCUAUCGCUGAAUAUGGGAUUCGUACUGUUGCUGCUAAGAAUAUCAUGAAAUGUGAUGAUGACACGUUUGUUCGAUUGGAUUCUAUCAUCAGUGAAGUAAGAAAAGUAGGAAUUGGCAAAAGUCUCUACAUUGGUAAUAUGAAUUACCACCAUACGCCCCUUCGCCAUGGUAAAUGGGCAGUCACAUAUGAGGAAUGGGCGGAAGAAGAGUAUCCUACCUAUGCUAAUGGUCCAGGUUAUAUAAUCUCAUCAGACAUUGCUCAGUUCAUUGUAUCGAACUUUGAGGAGCACAAAUUAAAAUUAUUUAAAAUGGAGGACGUAAGCAUGGGAAUGUGGGUAGAGCAAUUCAAGAGUUCACGACCAGUUGAGAUUGUGCACAGCUACAAGUUCUGCCAAUUUGGGUGCAUUGAAGGUUACUUCACUGCACAUUAUCAAUCUCCAAGACAAAUGACAUGUAUGUGGGAUAAAUUGCAACACAAAGGAAAACCACUAUGUUGCAACAACAGAUGACAUAUUUUUAUAUGCCUGUCUGUCCAUAUGUACUGACAACGUUUUUGUGACCUCCACAUAUUUCAUUCAUUCUUUUUUCCCUUAGCAAUUGCUGUAGGAGAAAAGUAAUGGUUUUGUAAAUUUAUAAUGUAGAGAAACAUGGUACAGAACAGAAUAGAAUGAAUUUUUGUCAUGAUUUGACUUUGUUUGUUGUUGGCUAUACCAAAAUUGAUGUUCAGGAUUA